CCGGUCGUCCACCAGAUGGCGGUGAUGAUGCGGCGCCGGAAGAAGAAGGAGAAGAGAAGAAGACGCAGGUCCAAGAUGGCGCAGGUGCAGGCGGAGUUGUGUUGUUUGGAAAGUUUUCCCUCGCGCCUGAGUCCUCUGGAUGUUUUAAUAUUAAAAUCUCACUCAGAUAUAGUUUUCCACAAUGACACAGACCCACCGACCGUGCUCUUCACCCCGCAGCCGCCUCAGGGAACCACGAGCCCGGGCAUUCUGCUGCGCGUUCACCCGACUACUGCGGAGGAGACCGGGGGUCCGAGCGCCAAGGCGGAGACUGCGGGAGCGCCGCCCGGGGGCGCGGUGCGGCUGUUUGCCAGCCGGUUCUUCCUGCGGCACCACGGGCUCCAGAGGCUCGGCUGCACCGGGACCGUCCGGGCUCUGGAGCCGGUCCCGCUGGACCGAGUGGUGCUGGGAGCCCGCAGCAGGCAGAGCCUCCGCUGGGCCGGAGCGGAGCGGUUCACCAGCGGGCUGCUGGAGCUCUGCGGCCCGGGACAGUGGCUGCUGGCCCGGCGGGGAGACCCGCUGCUGCUGCCCCGACAGCCGCUGCUGGGAGAAGACCCGGGACAGGUGGAGCUGCUGGUGUUGGACUGCAGCCCUGUAACUCAGGGCCGGAUCACGGCCGACACCGCUCUGCUUCUGACCGACUGCUGGGACCCGGCAAACGGGGCCGGUGGCAGCGCCGCCCCCCCCCAGCCGGCGCCGCUCAGACUGGGCGUGGACGCCGCCCUCCCGCCGCUGUGCGUGUCGGACUUCGCUCACUACGCCGACGGCCUGGGCAGCGGGCGCUCUCUGCUGGACAACCGGCGGCUCCUGGACUCGGGGUUCUCGGGCGUCCUGCAGGCUCUGGAGGGCCGCGUGGACAUCCGCGUGGUGGACGCGCGGCGCUGGCUCGGGGUCGCCGGGCACCGCGGCGGCGGCGGCGGCAGCGUGGACCUCGACAGCUGCGUGUUCGUGAGCAAACGGCUGCUGCUCCGGCUCGGCCUGUUCAACCACGAGUGGGUCAAAGUGUCGCAGCUCGGGGCAGCCUCCAGACCGGAGAGUGAGGCUCGGGGGGGCGCCUGCAGACAGCGGCUGGCCUCGGUGUGCAUGGUGGACUUCAGCCAGAGUCCAGACCUGCAGGACCAGGACGAAGUGGGCUUCGUAUCGCCCGCUCUGUGGUUCAACAUGACCGACGGAGAUGUGAUGCCCGUCAACGGCUGCACACUCAGGAUCAAGAGGUGGCGAGCGUCUCCUCUGCCGGCGCCGGCCGGCGCGCAUCGCUCGGCCAGUUUCUGCCGCUCGGCGUCUCCGCCGUACGCCAGCGAGCUCCACGUCCAGCUGGUGGCGUCGCCGCUGUACAACAGCCUCGGUUGCUACGACAACCUGCUGUCUGAGCACUUCAGCACGCCCAGACUGGUUGCCCAGGGAGACGUCCUGUCGGUUCCAGCUGCUAACCAUCCAGACCUGCUGGAGAACAACUCGGAGGGCAUACACAGGUGUCCAGUGCUGUUCUUCAGAGUGCAGAAGGUGUGUUCGUCUGCAGAGAGAGAAGAGGAACAGGAGGAGCAGGCUCACCUGGCCGACCGACUGCACACCUCACUCUACAUGACGGCGUCCACCGUUAGCAGCCCCGUCCCCUGCUGCCUCUCUGAGGACGGCGUGUCUCUGUGGAGCGCUCUGUCUCCUCCGGGCCCGGUCCGGACCGUGGAGCAGCUCUGCAGCAUCGUCCUGCCUCACCUGCAGCACAGCAACGGCCUGUGCGGCUGCACCGUCCUGCUCCACGGCCCGGCAGGAAGCGGUAAAGUGACGGCGGUCAGCGCGGCGAGCCGCAGACUCAACCUCCACCUGCUCAAGGUGGACAGUGUGAGUGUGUGUGCAGACACCCCUGCAGCCUCCGAGGUGAAGCUGAGUGCUGUGUUCCAGCGGGCCGUGGCCCAGCAGCCCUGCGUCCUGCUGCUCAGGAACCUGCAGCUGCUGCUGCGGCGUGGCGGCGGCCAUGGCGACGAGGACGGCCGGGUCCAGGCGGCGCUCUGCCAGCUGCUCCACAGCGCCCCCAGCAGUGUGGUGGUGGUGGCGACGGUCUGCAGGCCCCGGGAGCUGUCUGCGGGGGUCGCGGCGGCCUUUGUCCACCAGGUGGCGCUGGAGAGUCCCACCGAGGAGCAGCGGUGCUCCGUGCUGCUCAGCCUGAGCCGAGACCUUCCCCUGGGGAGAGACGUGGACCUGGAGAGGCUCGCCAGACUCACCGCGGGCUUUGUGUUGGGCGAUCUGAGAGCUCUGCUGGUGGAGGCGGGCCGAGCUGCCCGCAGGAGGCUGGUUGGCACCUGUGUCGGCUGGCGGGAGGAGGAUCUGUGCUCCAGUGGUGUGACCGUCCUGAACCAGGACUUCCUCUCGGCCCUAGAGACUCUGCAGGACGCCCAGUCGGCCGCCAUCGGCGCCCCAAAGAUCCCGUCAGUGCGCUGGGAGGAUGUUGGUGGUCUGCAGCAGGUGAAGAAAGAGAUCCUGGACACAGUGCAGCUUCCUCUGCAGCGGCCCGAGCUGCUGUCCCUGGGUCUGAACCGCACCGGGGUGCUGCUGUACGGGCCGCCGGGCACCGGGAAGACGCUGCUGGCCAAAGCUGUGGCCACCGAGUGCUCCAUGACCUUCCUCAGUGUCAAAGGUCCGGAGCUCAUCAACAUGUACGUGGGUCAGAGCGAGGAGAACAUCCGAGAAGUGUUCCGCAGAGCGCGCUCAGCAGCCCCGUGUGUGGUCUUCUUCGAUGAGCUGGACUCUCUGGCUCCCAGCAGGGGGCGUAGUGGAGACUCUGGGGGGGUGAUGGACAGAGUGGUGUCCCAGCUGCUGGCCGAGCUCGAUGCUCUGCACUCGGCUGCCGCGGUGUUUGUGAUCGGAGCCACCAACCGGCCGGACCUGCUGGACCAAUCACUGCUGAGGCCUGGCAGGUUCGAUAAGCUGGUGUACGUCGGGAUCAACGAGGACCGGGAGUCCCAGCUGCAGGUUCUGCAGGCCAUCCUCAGGAAGUUCCAGGUGGACUCUGCGGUGGACCUGCAGCAGGUGCUGGAGCGCUGCCCCGAUCACAUGACCGGCGCCGACCUGUACGCUCUGUGUUCAGACGCCAUGACGGCCGCCAUCAAGAGGAAGGUCUCUCUCAUCGACGGCGGUCUGGACUCGGAGGACUCUCCUGUCCUGGUCUCCGUUGAGGAUUUCUCUUCAGCGUUGGACAACUUCAAGCCGUCCGUUUCAGCUGAGGAGCUGCUGAGAUACACAAACAUUCAGCAGAAACUCACUGCAAAGUAGAAAGUCAUGCUGAUGAUAUUGUUCACUGUCAUACAUAUAUAUAUAUAUAUAUAUAUAUAUAUAUAUAUAUAUACACACACUCACACAAAGGGCUAAUUUAAAGGGCCAGUCACAUCUGAAAAAUCUAUAUUGUAAAAUACUGUGAAUGUAAAUGAUGUACACAAGAAGUUAAUUUAUAAAAUCGUGAAAUGUAAUUUAAUAAAUCCAGAAGUUAAUGUUGGAUGGAA